CCUCGCAAACAUCAUCCCCGCUCUACCUCCAAAUCAGGAAGCACGAACACACGCUGCUGUUUUUGACUUUUCUGCCCCGUUUCGCCCCUCCGGUGGUCGACGCGGCUCGGACCAGGGCGAACCCAGCAAGCGUCAGUCAGUCAGUCAGAGUCCAUGGCGGUGAGGACCACCGAGCGGUGCUGAAGGAAGGAAGGAGAAGACUGACUGCGUCCGUCCGUCCGGGGCAGCGUCGUGGAUGUAUUUGACACAGACAGACCAACCAAAGACGACGGGCUCUGUCAACAGCAUGGGACAGCAACUAGGAAAGAGGGAGUCGCCCACAAACAGCAAGGCUUCGUCACCUGAACCCAGAGCAGCAAAACAAAGAUGGGCAGCAGAGACCGAACCCCAAGAUGAAGUGUUUGGCCCGGGUGAGACAGAUGCCUUACAGAACAAUGGCUGCGUCUCCGAGAAGCCGGUGGUGACUGACUCCACGGGCGCUGAGGGCCCCCACCAACCCCGGACUCCCGCCAGCACAGCUGACCCUGACGCCGCCACGCCGCGCCCCCACCUGGUCCGCCUCUUCUCCCGAGAUGCUCCGGGCCGGGAGGACAACACCUUCAAAGAGCGACCCUCGGAGUCGGACGAGCUGCAGACCAUCCAGGAGCACAGCGGAGCGGCUUCAGAGUGCGGGUCGGAGAGCCCCGAGCAGGACAUAGAAUAGGCUCGCUUUUUUUUCCCUUUCUCCUCUUUUGUUUUCUCUUUUUCCUCCUCUACUCUUUCGUUCUCUCAUUUAAGAGAGAGCCAGAAAGCCCCCGUUGAAAGCGAAACACUCCCCACUUGCUUCCACUACCAUGGCAUCUGCAAGCAGCUCCGCAGCCUCUGCCGCCUUCGGGCUCGGCCGGAGGAAGAAGAACCCCGGGCUCUUGGACCAGAUCGGGAACUUCUUUGGAGGCGACAAGAAGAAGAAGGGAAAGGGCUCUUUCCGUGGAGCUCUGUCUCCGGCCCCUCAGAAAGCCUCCGCCACCUCCCCACGUAAGCGUGGCGGGGAGAACGCCGUGGUCCACUUCUUUCGCACGAUGGUGAGCCCCGCCCCUCCCAAGUCUAGGUGGAGAGGACUAGCAGCCAAGAUAGGUCUGGGCCCGCAGAAGUCCACUAAGAAGGCCGGAGCCGGGGACGGCAAAGGCAGCCUGACUAGAAUCUUCAAAAUGUGAUGGUCUCAGCAGCAGAGGAAGCAGGAGCGCUUCUCCAGCCAAACGCUGAGGAGCGCCAGCAGGAAGCUAGACGUCCGAAAAACCCCGGGGGGAACAAGAGGAAGAAAAAGAGGAAAAUGACCAACCGUUCACACCCACCUUCCCAGUCGCCUUCAAAUAACACCUUAAUGUUUGCUAACCCCCCACUUUAUGACCCUCUUUGGGUGAUGGAUGGCGACACAAUCUGUCCCUUUCUCGUCCAUCAUCUGAAGCUCCAUGUGUGCAGCCAUGGCUGUCUGCUGAGGCUGAUCCUGAAGCCGCUCACGUGUGCAGCCUGAUGACCUCCUUCCCCUCGCCACAGCUCUCCUUUUUUUUGUAGCGUCAGUGUUGGUUUCCUAACAAACGGUGGCUGAAGCGAAGCACACCCGAGACCGUUGAAGGAUGGAGCCGGCACAAGCAGACCUGACCUGACUGCUGCUGCCUUUGGCAGACUGAGGGAAAGACUCGGGUGUCUUUGCGUUAGAACAGUGGUGUUUUCUGUCCUGUCUGUCUGUCCCACGUCUGUGUUUGGUUUCAGAACAAGAACUAACAGGUUUACAUCGCUGUGGACCAGAUGUCUUUUUAAUUCACCUCAUUUGUUGUAGCUGUAGCAAAGUGUCCUGUCAUAGAUGUUAAGUGUUGAUCGUAGCACACAAGGCUGACUGUGGCUUUCAUGCUUUAAAAAAAGUUUUAAAUCAACUUUACAAAACUAACAAACCUUUAUUUAAAAAGCAUCAGGCCAGAUGUGGACUCCUGUCAGAGCUGUGAUUUAGUCUGCUGAAGGCUUUCCUCGUCAUUUCUAUGCACUCAUACUGUAAAUUCAGGAGAUCCUGAGCCUCACUUUGGACCACCCAAAACAAUGUGCUGUUUGUUUGUCCUUUAUGGUGCAGGCUUUCAAAAAGAACACACUCAAUUUCAUAAAGGUGCUCUGGAACUAACUCUUCCUCAGAAUGUGUCCGUCCUUCUGCAUGAAAAAGAGACCCAUGUUUCAAUUCUAGAAGGUCCAGCCCCAUUCGUUGUGCUUUCCCAAAAGCAAGCAUGUGUGAUGUGCAGCCUCUCCCGUGUUUGCGUGCUCGAGCCUCGUGAGUGCAGCGUGGCGUUUUUCCGCUGAAUGGAUCCUGAAUGAAUGUAAACAACCUCCUCAUUAUUGUAUGUGUAAUAAAACAUGACCAGCCACUUAACUAAAAAUAAAAAACUACAAGCAUGAA